AACCAUGUAGUUUUAGCCUAGGGUUGCAUUUUAAUCAUACUAACAGAAAUUCUCUCAAACUCAACUCAACUCAACUCAAACGUAUUUCUCCUCCGUCCCUGCCCUGCGCCGCUCGUCUUCUGCACUUCUACAGCCACAGUCUUUCUUUAUACCUUCCCGUUGCUUUCGUUCUUGGCCAUCAUCGCCGCAGCAGUUGUGCUCUUCAAGCGUACAAGCGCUCCUCAGCCAUAGGAUAUAAUGUCAACAUUUGAAGUUCAAAACCCUAACUAAUACACAAAUCCAAAAGACACCUGCCUGAAUCCUACAUUUUGGAAGAGACUCUUCUUAAUCAUACCCAAUCACUUCAAGGCAUGGGAACCAGAGGAGUUAUUGGGGAUAAAUGGUCCAUGAGGAUUCUUUGGGCCUGUGCUAUUGGAAGUGCAAUCAGCUUAUAUAUGGUUGCUGUAGAAAGACAAGCACAAAAUAGAGAACGAGCGAUGGCUGAAAGUUUAAAUGCUAUGGAAGCAGAAUCAGGCAGUGGGGAGACUGUUUAAAUUCAGGAUUCUCUAAAUGUCAUAAGCUUUUUGUAAGCUCAUUUCAUUCCAAAAUGGGCAGCUUUAUGCAAAAGGUUACCUCUUUGUUUUCGGCAUUUGAUGUUUUGAGGAUUUAGCUCUAAUAAUAACUUUAUCUACUUUCAGAAUCUCAGAUGAAUGAUAUGAUUCAGAGGUUUUAGUGAAUAAGGGAAUAUAAGAUGGGGUGGCCUUUUGAUUUUGAUAUACAUAUGUAUCGAUGUAUAUCUCUUGUAGGUGGUCUCUCCUUUGUCAAUUGAUAAUGCUCGUCCUGGAAUAUUUAUAGGAAUGCAAUGCCUGAUAAAAAGUUAAAACUUUCUUUA